GGAAAGUAACGGAGUGUAGGAGCGCGUGAGAUGCUGAAAUCAGAGUGAAAACAUGGAUGUUUCAGGCGUGUUUUUAUACAAAAUCAUAUGCUAUCCAUUUAUCGAUCAGCUCGACACGUGAACACAGGAUGGUCGGAACUCCACACAGUCGCCGUGCGACACUCCAUUUGAAAUGACUGACCUCUGGUCUGCCAUCUGUCAUUUGAUGGUUGCAGAGAAAAGGGCGGCUUCAGUACAGCAAGAUGAAAGAAAAUGAUCUGCAAAAAUAUACCCUAGUUUUCUGAUCUUCACUGUUAGAUCAUCUCUCAGUGAUCAUCUCUCAUCAUGGAGGGCCAGUAUGUCUCAAUUCAUGGCCUCAACAUCACCCACAGCCCUCUUGCGGCACCAGCCAUGUCUAUCGACAAACUCUUUCCAGCUCUGCUGGAGUGCUUUGGCAUUAUCCUGUGCGGCUAUGUGGCGGGUCGUAAUGACAUCAUCAGCGAGACACAAAUCAAAGGGCUGGGCAGCUUCUUGUCAUGUUUUGCACUUCCUGCUCUGCUCUUCAAAAAUAUGGUGCAGCUGCAGUUCGAGCACGUCGUCUGGUCUUUCUUCUGGAGUGUCUUGAUCGCUAAAGUGUGUGUGUUCUUGUUGGUGUGUGUGAUGACGCUGUUGGUGGCAAGUCCUGAGAGCAAAUUCAGUAAAGCAGGGCUGUUUGCUAUCUUUACAACUCAGAGCAAUGACUUUGCACUGGGAUAUCCUAUAGUUGAUGCAUUGUACAGGAAUUCACACCCAGAGUAUGUGCAGUAUAUAUAUCUGGUGGCUCCUGUAUCUCUGAUGCUGUUGAACCCUGUGGGCUUUGCUCUGUGUGAGAUCCAGCGAUGGAGACACAACGCCGACCACAGCUACAGGAAGCUACAUGUGAUCUGUACUGUUAUACUGCAGGUUUUGAAGAAUCCAAUUGUCUUCAUGGUCAUUGUAGGAAUUCUCUGCCAUUUCCUGUUUGGUGGGCAUGUCCCCGUGUUGCUUGACGAGUUUGUAGAUGGCCUGGCAAACUCUUUUGGAGGGGUGGCGCUCUUUUAUCUGGGACUGAACAUGGUGGGACAGAUGCAUAAACUCACUCGUGCCACUGGAGUUUCCCUCAUUCUGCUUAUAACUGCCAAACUGCUAAUUAUGCCAUUAAUGUGUAAGGACAUGGUGGAGCUGUUGGAUACUGGUUAUUCCAGCUCUGUGAAUCACUCCAGCCUGUCUGACUAUGCAUUCCUGUAUGGAGUCUUCCCUACCGCUCCCAGCGUGGUCAUCUAUGCUGCCCAGUACAAUAUGGAGCUGGAAGUGGUGACCUCAGGUAUGGUCAUCAGCACGUUCCUGUCUGCGCCCAUCAUGUACGUGUCGGCAUGGUUACUGACUAUUCCAUGGAUGGAGGCCACGUCCCUGGUGAAAGAGCUACAGGAUGUGAGCUUCAAUGUCAGCAGUGUCAGCCUAAUAGCUCUGGUUUGGACCCUUGCUCUCAUGCUGCUAAGCAAGAAAUUUAGAAGGUUGCCACAUUUGUUUGCCACAAAUCUGUUUUUUGCACAGCUCCUAGUGUGUAUGUCGAUGAUCUUGUGGAAGUUUGUGACGCAUCAAGGAAAUGUGUGGUGUCAAAUUCUUACCUUCACAUUGCUCUACGGGUCUCUUUACAGUACCUACAUGUGGACAGGUCUUUUGGCAUUUGCACUCACUUUGUUGAAGAGAAAUGAAAACCUAAAGGUGAAGCCCUUUAUUUUCAUCAUCUUUGGCUGGGGAGUUCCAUUUCUGGUUGUGGGUGUGUUGCUAAUGCUAGGACAAAGAAUGAGUAACAACGUAGACUCCACCUUCUUUUACGGCAAGGAGCAGAUUGUGUGCACUGUGGUGGUCCUGGGCUCCAGCAUCAUUCUGGGUGGUCUGUCUUUGAUGGGUUUGAGCCGAGGGGCCCAGAAUGAGCAGAACUAUCAGGCCCUAGAUCACAACUUCAUGAUAGGCACAACAGAAGACGUCAGACAGCCCCAACCAGAGAACCAACACGCAUCUGAGCUAGCACCAACUAACAGUAGCCUCAACAGAGGUAUAGAUAAUGAUGGUUGUAGUGAACCCAUGCCAGAUAUGAUAGCUGGACAUCUUAACGACUCACCAGUGCCUUCAGCAGGGGUUUUGCUGAGUGAGGCAUCAAGCUCCACACGUGUGCAGGAGGAGAGACAGAUAGCUCGACAUGUGCUCCUCUGCCUGCUCCUCAUCGUCAGCAUGCUGGCCAACCUGUCCAGCUGCCUGUGGUGGUUGUUCAAUGCAGAUCCUGGGCGGCUUUACCUAGAGCUGCAGUUUUUUUGUGCUGUGGCCAAUUAUGGACAGGGUUUUAUUUCCUUUGGGAUUUUUGGGCUGGAUGAACAUCUUAUUAUUCUUCCAUUCAAAAAGAGGCUAGCUGCUCUGUGUGGUAUUACUCAAGAUGAAAGCCCGGAGUCUACUGCUGUGCCAGAGGAGAUUCGACUCACCUGUACACAGUUGGUGCGAUACCACAAAGAUCAGUGCGUUCAGGAUAUAGUUCGCAACAGAGGUGGGUCUUCUGAAUCUCUCACAGGACCAGUGGGUGAAUCCUUUCUUUGAUUGAUAGGUGUGCUCACUGGUGCCUAACCAGGUAGCUCAUUGGAUCCUAUGCAUGGGUGUGGCCAAAGAUAGAAAGGUGUGGCCUGCUUUUACAGCACACAGCUGCAGAAGAAUGGUGUCUUAGAGCAUGUGACACAAAUGUAUGGUUUCCAAUGCCCUGCAAUAUUGCUCCAGAAAGCGGUGAUGUCGCACGUUGAUCAUCACAACCUCAAACAAGGACUAAACAGACUGAAUUAAGACUGGACUGAGCUAUGAAUUGAGCUGUUCUUUCAUCAGUAUGUUAAAUUGCUAUGCAUGGCAUGCAAAGGGCACAAGAUUCUCCCUUUAUCUCACACACGCACAUUCAACAGCUCUUAAACUGUUCUGCCCAUUAAAAUACACAGCCUAUAUCUGCACUGAUUGUUGCAGUUACAUUAAUGAUCUGAUAAUGAAGGUAUCACAAGUCUUUACAAAUGCUGUAAAAACAUACUUCUGACUGUAUGCUUAUUUGUAUGCUUUGUGUUACUUGUGAGUCUUGAUGAUAAGACUACAUUAUAUGGCCUUGCUGCAAAGCAAAACAUGCCAUGUUUACAAACCUCUGCUGUGAUAGAUGAAUUAUACUGCAGUUACAUCUUAAGAGUGAGAUAAUGUCAAAUUCAGGACUAGGGUGACCAGGUGUUCUGAUAAAACUAGGACAGUCCCAAUUUUUCAAAUUGUAUCUUUGUCUUGAUAAUUAGUCUUAGAUUAAAUAAAAGUUUGAACUGAUAUUGCUGAGCUUCUUGACUUUUAAAUAAUGAGAAAGCAGCAGCUCAUUCCUGCCAUUUCAGAAAGUAACUUGAUUAAUCAUUAAAUAUAAAAUAUUUUGACUAAAACACUUCUUCAGAGGACAUCUUGUUUAAUGUUAGCCCUCAACUUAUUUGUUUUGAAUCUAAAUUCCCAUUAUCAUCAGUUACAGGGGAAGUCACAAGGGCUGCAUCUCAUUAACUAAAAAUGUUUAAGUCUAAAAUCCAUUACACAAAUGUGUGUUUCUUCUAGCAGUGGUUUUGUAGGCUUGUUCCAAACAACUUGUUUAAAAUUGUAUUCUACUCUCUUAAACUAAAAUUUCAAUAGAAUUAUAUUUUUGUAAUAGCUGUUGGGUAAACCAGUGAACAUAAUAAAACCACACUGGCAUACAUUCAGGCAAGGCAGGUUCCACUGUGACAACUUACCCCUACUGUGACAAUAUACAACGCUAUUGGGGUGUGUUGUCACAAAAGGUUAUUUAUUUAUUCAGGGACAAUACACAUUAAUAAUACAAAAGAAAUGUAAAAUGUGCCAGAUUUAGCCAAAUUGGCUAAUUUUCAUCUGUAGUCCCUAGGCAGGUUGAUAUUAUAAUAAUCAAAUAAAAAAACUAAAUUGUCAUUACACAAAUACAAAACUAUCAUACCAGAAUCUCUAUAAAUGCUCACAAUUUUUAUUAGAAAGCAACCACAUUUUCAAUUUUCUAGAGAAAACACAACAACUUGGUAUGUGUAACAUUGGUGUCUGGAGUGGAAGAGACGCAGGAGUAAGUACUUUCAGUCUUUUAAUUAUAAUCAUUGGAGUGGAAACAAACAAUAACUCUUAACAUCAAAACUUAACUCAAUGUAACACUUCAAGGACUGACAAAUGAUGACCAAAACAAGAGUUUAUAUAUACACAGGGAAACUAAUGAGGGAAUGGAAGGUAGGUGCAGAUGAUGAUUAACUGAUGGAAGUGAUUAGGGCAGUGAACUAUGGGAGAUGUAGUCCAGUGGAAAACUUCAAAAUAAGAGUCCUUGAAGAAAAUGAGGAAGACAGACUGUGACAACAUGUUUUAUGUUUUUUAUGUGUUAUGUUUUUUAGUUCCGUUGGAAGUCUAUUCCAUUCAUGGGUUCCUCUAAAAACAAAUGAUAUCUAGCCAAAUGUGCUUCUUCUCAAUGGUAUAUUACAAUCACCUCAUAUACCCGCUCUUGUGUACCGUCCUGUUUUUUGAUAUAUAUAUAAUAUUUUAAAACUGGUGGAGCAAAACCAUUUAAAAUCUUAAAAACAAGUACUAAGUCAGCAAAUUUAAUCAAAUGUUCCCAGCUCAAAAAAGAAUACUUAGUUAAAACACUACAAUGAUGAAAACUAUUUGCCUUUUUAUCUAAAACCUUAAGAGCUUGCUUAUAAACAGUCUCAACCAGUUUUAAAAUAGACUUACAUGUUUGUGUCCAUGUAGUCCUACAGUAAGUGAUAUGUGGAAGAAUCAUGGAAUUCAUAAAUAACACUGCUGCCUCU